CAGCAGAAGAAGAUGGGCCGCUGACUAGAGGAGAACCACUGUGACCAUCCUGAGCCAGCAAAGUCACGUCAACCGACUGUGUUUAGUUGUUUAGCCCGUCGUUUGUGUUUUGUUCUGGUUAGCAUUGAAAAUGAUCCUUACCGUGAAACCACUUCAAGGAAAAGAAUGCAGCGUUCAGGUGACUGAAGAUGAAAAGGUCUCCACAGUGAAGGAACUUGUGUCAGAACGUCUUAACAUACCAGCAAACCAGCAGCGGUUGCUCUAUAAAGGGAAAGCGCUUUCAGAUGAACACAGACUGAGUGAUUAUUCCAUUGGGCCAGAGGCUAAAUUGAAUCUGGUUAUCCGUCCAGUGGGGGAGAGAACCGGAGCGUCAGGGACAGCAGCCAGCAGCAGCAGCAGCUCACAAGGAAGAGUGUGGCAGACUGUGUCCACUAUCCUUGCUAGACACUUUAGUCCAGCAGAUGCGGCAAAAGUCCAUGAACAGCUCAUUAAGGACUAUGAACGUUCACUUCGACAACUUAGUCUAGACGACAUUGAGCGUUUGGCGGGAAGACUGCUUCACCCCGACGGCGAAGGCAUGGACACCUCAUACAUGGACUAAGCCUAGCUGGAGGUUGUUUAUUGUGAUUGUCUUUGGAGAUGUGCUCAGUUCUUGGAGGUGCAUACAGUGUUUAGAAUGUGAGACAUGGAAAACACAGUAUCAGUUUUCUUGCGUUGAGCUCCCCCCCCCUAAUCAUUGGCAGUUUGAAGACAGAUAACAGUGACUGUUGAUUAUCUCAGCAAUAGGGCUUUAUUAUCCAUGACCAAAGAACCUGGAUAAGAAAACUUGGCAACUUUUAGUUGGUCACUGCCGCUGAUCACAUAAUAUUUGAAUACAAAGGAAUCCAUUUAUGCUGUUGGUUUCACAUGAUCUCUGGCUGCUACAACUCUCAGCAGACAGUAACGUCUACUGGAGGGUAUUUGUUAGUAAUGUCUGUGUCUGAUGAUGACUUGGUGUGUUCUGUUAACCGUCCUUGAGAAGGUAAUACAUGUUUUAUUGUGUAACUAACUGAUGUGCAUUGAAUGAUUUGUAAAUAUCAUGUUUAUAUAUACAGACAUUAAACCACAGAAAAAAAGACGCAUUAAUGUUUGUUUUGUUGAAUGCUAACAUUUUAUGUGAAUGUCAAAAAUUGUAAGUAAAUG